AUGGUGACGACAAUUAAAAUCACCGGUGAUGGAGUGUUCAUUCAAUCGGUGAAUGGUGCCGGUCCCGGCGGUGGAGGACCGGCAGGUGGUGGUGGUGGCCGAGGACGACGGCUAGCCGGUGGCGGAAAUGGAGUUGUCGGGAGCGCUGCAAUCGGAGAGGCUGCGUUGCCGGUUCCCGACAGCGAUCGGAACGGGCACCAUCGGAAUGGCCACAACGGCGGAUCGCUGGAUGUGGUCGACGGGACCACCACCGUGGGUCCACCCCCCUCGCCAUCGCCGCUGCUGUCGCUGAGCGACACGAACAACAACCAGAAGGGCUACAGGAACUUUAAUCACCGCCGGUACCAGUCGGACGAAGGUCCGGGAUUUAUUAAACCGGACCAGGCCGUGCUGAAGAAUGGCGGCGAUAGGGGAAGCCCCGCAGCCACCGGGUCGUCGGCGUCGGAUGUGGGUGGUGAAAGUGAUGGUGCCAUCAUCGGGCCGGUUGAUCCGGGUCGGAAGCGAGACAAGUUUACGAUUUCGUUCCUGAACACGCACCGGUCGGGGCAGACGACCGCCGGUGGUGGUGGCAAGGGCAUGCUCAACCACAAGUUCAUCGUGUACAACAGCAAGAAACCAAAGACGUCAUCGGUGCUGCACCAGCAGUACUACCAGCAGCAGCAGCAGCAGCAGACGGCGGGGGGCUCGGUAAGCCACUACCAGCAGUACCUGUACAAUCGGCUCCGUCCGUCACUGUCGACGUCGGUGCUGACUUCGCCCUCGCUGCUGACCGGCACCGGGCCAAUACAGACCAACGGACGGACAGACCAACACCCGCAGCCGCCGCCGUACCAGUUGAUCCCCCAGCGGGAUCCACAGCAACUUUACCAGAACGGUCUGUUUCAUCAGCAGCACCGGGCACUGCUCGGUACGGCACCGCCCGCCGCCAUUCCCGGCUGGGCCAAGUCUACCUCCUGCCUCGUGACGAGUAGCACCACCAGCUCCUCGUACAGAGCCUCCCCAUUGUUGCUCCUGUCGCCAUCCGAUUCUUCGCCACCAAACAGAGCCUCCCCAUUGUUGCUCCUGUCGCCAUCCGAUUCUUCGCCACCAACCGGAUCGGGUCCAGCCUCGUCUUCGAUAUCUUCCUCCAUUUCUUCACCGUUCUCGUCAUCGUCCUCGUCGUCCGCCUCACCGCCGGUAUCCUCCGGACCGAGUUCCUCAUCCAAUUCUCCCCCGCCAACGGUAACACCACCACCACCAUCAGCAACCACCACCUGUGCACCGACAACCCCGACGACGACGACGUCAUCAGGAGCGCCGCCAUCAUCGUCAACGGCAAAUCUUGAUGUCGACGUGAGGGGUGCGCCACGGUUCGACCGGAGCACUAAGCCGCCGCCGUCCAGCAGCAGCAGCAGCAGCGUUGUCGAUCAUCAGCGAGGCAGGCCGCCGCCGUACCAGUCCUCCGCAUCGUUCGAGCAGCCGGAUCGCCUGCCUGCCGCCACCGGCGAGGACGACGAGGAGCAGCUCCUGCUGUCGCGGCGCAACUCCACCGGAAGUAGCGUGGCGCUGAACGGCGGAAUGAACAGCCACACGGCGGCCAUCAACCUGCAGCAUCCGUCCGGGCAGACAGCGGUGGUCGGGCACCAUCGGGGCUUCUCGUCGACGGUUGUCGCGGCCGCCAACUCUGCCGCUGCCGCGGCCGCCACCAGCGACUGUCCAUGGUUCAUGCCGCACCAGAUGCCUCCGACGGCCCCGGCACGCCAGCACAAGCGGCCUGCCCCCCAACCGGGGGGCGGCGGUGGCCCAAUGGGCGGCGGUGGACACAACCACAUGCAGCCGCCGCAGUUCAUCAGUCCACCGCCAGCGCCGCAGCAGCAGCAGCACCAGCAGCAGCACCAGCAGCACCAGCAACAUAGUCAGCAGUCCGUAGCAGCAGCAUCCAACGUGCCGCCACCACAAUUACCUCCACACAGUGUAAAUCCGAGUCUCAGUUCCCUCCACCAUCCGGUGCAGCAGCAGCAGCAGCAGCUGGUGAUCGGUGCACAGUCAGCGCAACCACCGAUACCGCCGCAUCCUGUCGCCGGCUCGCUGAUUGCCGCCUCCCAUCCACCGCCGGCCGUGCACCACAUACCAAAAUCGCCCAACCAGCACCAACCACCGCUCGGGCACGUCCACCAUCCCCAGCAAGCUUUAAGUGCAACGUCCGCCGCCAGCGCAGUGGCGUCAGCUCCCCAACAGCUGACCGGAGCCGCCGGCGGCGGUCUGAGUAAUCAUAUCGCCCACCCGGUCGUGGUGCCAUCGGUGGUGGUGCCGCCGGUCGCUCCGUCGUCCUCGGUGUCCACAGGGGCCCCCACCGCCAGCCUGAUGUCCGUGUCGAUGAACAGCGCACAGCUGGCGGGUCACAUCCUACAGCCGGUCGGCGGUGGUGCCCUGUCCGGUUCCUCACUCUCCAUCCAGCAACAGACGUCGGUGGCGGCGGUGGCAGCUGGUGGUGGCCAGCAGCAGCAGCAGCAGCCGCAGCAACACAUGUCCAACUCGCUGCACGGACCCAUCGGACUGCCACCGGCACCGCAGACCGUCGACGGCGGAAGCAAUGGCCCGGCGGUGGCAACCCCGAACUGGAACUGCGUUCCGGUCGGUCUCUCGUCGCCGACGGCUUCGUCUGCGGCCGCCGCACACCGGAGGGCGGAAGUGAACGCUAAGCUGAACGCGAUGCCUUGGUUCCACGGGCGGAUAAAGCGGGAAGAGGCGGAGUCGCUGCUGAAACCGCGGGAAGACGGACUGUUUCUGGUGCGGGAAUCGACCAACUUCCCGGGCGACUACACGCUGUGUGUGUGUUUCAACGAAAAGGUCGAACACUAUCGCAUCAAGUACGUGGACAACAAGCUUACGAUCGAUGACGAUGAGUACUUCGAUCACCUUGGCCAGCUGGUGGAGCACUACACGCUCGACUCGGACGGUCUCUGCACGAAGCUGAUGAACGCACUGCCGAAGGAAGAGUUCUGCGUGAAGGACUUCCAGGACAAUGGGUGGGAGAUCAAGAUGGAGGACCUGCAGCUGAAGGAGAACAUCGGCAAGGGUGAGUUCGGAGACGUGAUGCUCGGCAUACUGAAGGGCGAGAAGGUGGCGGUGAAGGUGCUGAAGGAUGCGGGCCGAGCGUCGAACAAGUUCUUGGCCGAGGCGGGCGUCAUGACUACACUGGAGCACGAAAAUCUCGUCAAGUUCAUCGGGCUGGUGUUCCACGACAAGUACAUCUACCUAGUGACGGAGUACAUGAGCAAAGGCUCGCUGGUCGACUAUCUGCGAUCGCGCGGUCGGCAGCACAUCACGCGCAAGGAUCAGAUCAACUUUGCUUAUGACACCUGCUGCGGUAUGGAGUAUUUGGAAACCAAAAAAGUCAUCCACCGGGAUCUGGCCGCACGGAACGUGCUCAUUUCGGAGGAUUGCGUCGCGAAGGUGUCCGACUUUGGGCUUGCCCGGGACGAGCGGUACACCGGCGACAGCAGCAAGCUGCCGAUCAAAUGGACCGCUCCGGAGGCACUGAAAGAGGGUAAAUUUUCCAACAAAACCGACAUGUGGAGCUUCGGUAUCCUGCUGUGGGAAAUCUAUUCCUUCGGUCGUGUUCCGUACCCGAGAAUUCCAUUGGCCGAUGUCGUGAAACACGUCGGUAGCGGGUACAAAAUGGAAGCACCCGAAGGCUGCCCACCGGAAAUCUACGAAAUGAUGCGCCAAGCGUGGGAUCUGGUGCCCGACAAGCGGCCAACCUUUGCGGAGCUCAAGCGACGGCUUUACAGUUGCAAGCGGGAAACGGCCAACACCUACGUGACGUAGAGAGGCACACAUGGGACUCGGUAAAAUGAUCCUUCCACCCGGCCGAAAAAGCACGUGCGUCGCGCGCCGGUAGUUUUAAGGGUUCGCUCCUCGUACACGCACACGCAGCGUUUUUUCCCGAAGGCUCCGAAACGGGCCACACAUGGAGGAGGGCUAGGGCAAUGGGUUCGUUUGCGUUUGCGUAAAUCCCUGUGGCCGUACCGUGUACAGACAGUGUGAUAUUCGGUCCGUCACGUUGCCGUUGCCCGUUCACUGAGGGCCCGUGUGAGGGGCACAGUGAACGAAUCAUUUUACUUUUAAUGACAACCAAUGGGCCAAUCAGUUUACGUGUGAAUCCCUGCAAUCAAUCAACAAACGAGUGGCUUUCUUACGAGCCUGCCAGCGGCCCGCAACCUCCGGGUUCUCCGGUGCUCCUCAGAUCGCCAGAUCCAGCUUCUGUUAUUGUUUUCUAGUGAAGCCAAGGCCGCAUUUCGAACUGUUCGCUGCAAAAACAGGAAUCCAAAAAUGAAACAAUGGUGAUCAUUUCGAUAUUGGGUACCGCGGUGAACUGCAACAGGACAAACAUAAUAAUCGUAACAUACAGGUAAAACCUUAUGGGCCGCGUGGUGUGCAGGUGUGAAAGGGGGCAACAAUAAUUAUCGAUAUGAUAUUCAUAUUUGUAAUUUAUUACUAUCAUUACACUGUAAAUGAUUAGCGUGCUAAUAUAAUAAUAUAUAUCCGUAAAUGUAAUGUGGAUUCGUCGCUCGUCGGUUAGGUGGUAAUUAGCAUUUUCUCGCCGCGAAAAGAUCGCAUCGGGCGUACGUCGCGCGCAAUCUUGCGUUCCUCAAUUAAGACGUCGAAACGGCGCGAGAACGGUACGAUUUCCAUUAAGUUUUUUGGCGGGAUUGAAAAUGAUCGAAAAGAAUAUGCAAAAGAUACAAACAGUAAACGCUCGAGUAAUUUUCUUUAAACUAUCACUCUAUCAGAAGGCGAAAAGAUACAGUAAAAUGGUGAAGCAAAUGAGAAAUAGAGUGGGAUCAUUAAGAAAAAGUAGAAAAAAAUAAUGAAAACAAAUGUUUCAAACGAUGGAGGAACGGUCCGCGUACGCGCUUUACACACCCAAAUUCCUAACGUAUCGCUAAACAGAAGAUAAAACAAAACAAUUUAACGGAUCACAUUUGGCGCUUGUAAAAAGGGGAAAGACACAAGAGAAGACGAGUGAAAAUACGUUGAUUAAAUUAUGUAUCGUUUUGUUGAUUAAUUGUUUUAUACAUUUGUUCCCCGACUGGACCGAGCGGAGCGCAAGGGAAAGUGGUUGAAAGUGAGUCAGUAAAACACUGGCGGCGUACGAUAUUAAGUUGGGUUUGGUUCACACACUAACGCCGUACGUGACCCCGGCCGGAGGUGCAUGUUUUCGUAGAAGUCACAAGCACAUUUAUUUGUACAGAACUGGGUACGUAGCAGGAAAGGAAUUGUUUAGUUUUUAAUGGCAGUUUCUGCGUUCGCGUCACUUGUUUAACUAAUGUUUUAAUAUGUUCGGCCCGAUUACGAUUACUUACCAUUAGCACAGAGAUGCCAGAGAUGGCCGCCCCGUUAAAACUUUUAGAGCUAUGAGUAUAAGCCACACUCGUCCUGCGAUGGAAAUGAGGAACGAUCACUUUACGAGGACGGGUCCUAAGGGCGCGUGCGGUGCAGCAUUUUAUUUAUGAUGGUGAAAAGGGGGAAUCAGUAACUAGAGAGGGAUACUACUUACUUUUCAUCGUGUUUGUGGUGUGUAUGGUUAGUGUUUGUUUUAUUUUGUAAAUAAUUCGAUGAGAGUCGAAAAACGGUUCCGAAUGAAGACGGGUGGCGACGCCCGGGCCCGAGCAUGAUCCGGCACAAAGCCUCUUCCUGAAGUGAUCUGACACGAGUGUGAGCGCGCGUGUGUGUUAAAGCUGUCGGAACCGGACAGAGAGGAUUCACUCUGUGUCAUCGAGGAAUGCGAGUAAUAUUAUCCUAUAUAGCCUUGUUACCAUUCCAAGUAAAAACGCCAAGCGACAUUUGCGCAAAACUAUGAAGAAAGAAGCUAUAAGCCCUACAGAGACGCGCCACAAGGGAGAGGCAGUAGAGACAGCACACCUUCCUUGUUAAAGAGAGCGUCAUCAGAGCAACCGUCUACAAUCCCGCGGGCAACGUGAAGUCAAACGUUUUGUAUUGAGUGAUACCAAUCAUUAUUAAACACUAGCAAAACACACGCCAAAAUAUCAGUAGGUCCAACAGGAGCAGCAGCGCAUGUGUAUUAAUUAACUCAAAUGAUUUCAGGACACAGUUUUAUCAAAUGAUACAAUUAAUAUUACGAUAUCGUCGAAGCUAACCUACUGGCUCCCUUUAGCGCUGUUUUAUGGUACAUGGUGUCAUCCGGAAAUAAUAUCAAGAGGAAUCAUCAAAUAAAAUAGCAAUAGAACAAAGGCAACAAACAGUGAAGCAGAUAGCAAAAAAAAGCAUUACAAAAAAUCACACAAACUGAUAGUUCAAAUUUCAUCAUAAACAAAAACGGUAAGCGUGUAACACAUAGUGGAGUAGUAGUGCAUUGUUCAGUAGAAACUAUAGACCUACCGCACAGCUGGCGCGCGUACAAGGACGGAGAUGAAAUGCUCGUAAAGAACACCGUUUGCUUCGGACCGGAAGUCACAUUACCAAACUCUGCAACGUCACCAGAAGCGCGCAAAAAUUAACGGCACAAUCAAUCAACGGUAUGCUUCCCAAUCGUUUUAAAUUAUUUUGAAUCACUCCACCGUCAUGCGUUUUGUGUGUGAACUCGAGCUGGAUAAAAAUUGCAUUAAAGAACCGUAAUUACCUUACACAGAGAGAGCGAGAGUAUCCGUUGUGUGACACAGGGACACGCAAGCACAGGAGUUUAGCAACACACAAUCAAUCGAUUUGAAGGGAAGCGUAGAAUUUUGUUUCCGGCGAGACAGGCACAAACGAUAGCACAACCUAGGCCCCAAGGCGUAACCCUGGCACGUGUGAAAUGGAAAGCAACUAUCCGUGCCGCUGAACUACACCGUGUUACAUUCUAUUCAGACGGACGCCGGGGGCCGAAAUCGUGGGCAAAGUAAAGUGUAAAGGGAGGCGAAAGUAAAAACCACAGUACACUGGAAUUUAUUCAAGUAAAUAUAAUAAAACAGC